CGUUCCGUCCUAGAUGGAAACUGCCGAGUUCUAUUACGUUUAUUACUUAGCUCAAGAUUAUCUGCAGUAUGUGCUCCAGGAGUCACCUCUUGGACCAGCUCAAACCAGGGUUGCUCAUGUCUUGAGAAAUAUUGCAUCUUCACUGCAAGAUCAAACAGAGGAGGCUCUCAGACCAUUCUUGGACAGGAUUGAAAUUACCUCAGUUGAUGUUGCCAAGAAAAUAUUCAAUGGGGUCAUGAAAGAAAAAUUUGCUGAUGGAACUACUAACUGGGGUCGGAUUAUGACCAUAUUUACAUUUGGAGGUCUCCUCACUAAGAAGCUUCAAGAGCAUGGAGUGCAGCUCACUGGAGAGGAGAAGGAGCAGAUUUCUUAUUUCAUCACAGAGUACAUAAUGAACAACAAAGCAGAAUGGAUAGAUGCUAACGGUGGCUGGGAAAAUGGCUUCCUAACGAAGUUUGAAAGAAGAUCACUACUAUCUUUCUCCAAAAUUACAGACAUGUUCAUAGCUGUUUUCUCCCUGUUCAGAGAGUACUACUGAAAUGGAUCAGCCAGCCAUGUAUAGUCUAGAUAUUGCCAUAAGCUUCAUUGCUAAGCAAUAUCAAUAAGAAAACAAUUUUCUUCCAUAAUUUGUUUUUAAUUUAUUUGUAUUUAUUUUGACUAAAUGCAAUGUUUCACAUAAUUUCCUAAUUGCCAAACCUGAAGAUGAGAUCCCUCCAAAGGGGAACAGAUGUAGCAUCAUGCAGCAAUUCAAGUCACCCUUUCCAAGCAGGACUGCUUCAAGAGAAAAAUUCUUCUCCAUGUCCAGACAGCUCUUGGAAUCUCUGCUGCACCUCUGCAAAAAGACAUUGUGUUACUGAAAUACAAUCCAAUGGGUUAAGAAACAAGUUUUAAUGUCAUUUGUUUUGUAAAUGAAAUACUACUGUAAUGCAUUUUAUUGCAACUUUGUGUAAAAAAAGAGGGGUGGAGGGGUCUUUGAAGAAAAAGGAAAUGUAAAUCCCAGUGGAAAAGUGGGUACAAGCUACUGACACAGGCUAAGCAGUUUUUAUGGGAAGAACUGUUUGUGGGAGCUAGCAACUUUAAAAUGUCCACUCAGUUACAGUUAAUGCAAUGGUAUGUGUUUCUUUCUUGUGUAUUUUAAUUGCUCAGAGCUAC